AUGAAGAUCCUGCGGAUUCUACCGCUCCUGAUUUCCGUGACCGUCACCAUAUCGGCUUUCACGGUUAAGAUAAAUGAAGAGCAGAACCGUAGGCUCCACGAAAUUUCGGAGGGAAUUCGCUUCGCCUCCUUGAACUUGACCUUCACGCUCUCGCGAAGGCUCGACGGCUCUUGGCUCUCAAGAAUUCUCGAAGUGAACAAUCGAACAGGAGCCGUACAUCUGAGCGACCGCUAUUUGUGUGACAACGGUCCGGAUGCCGAUUUUGAAGUGAGCGGAUUCUCGAAUGAGGCGCACCUAAUUCUACCAUUCCGCCUACGAUUCGAGGGAUGCGGAAGCGAAUCUAAAAAGGAGUCGACCGUCCAGCAAUCUAUAGAACUCGCUUUACGCAGCUACAGCCAUAGCCAAGUGUGCCUUCGUUCAGCUCAGCUAAUCGUCCGCUUGGGGGAGGUCUCUCCUGAGGGAUGCCGGUUUCUGAACACAAGUGAAGGAUCUCAUUUCAAGUUCGAGCCCGUGGGUCAGGACAUAGUUUUCCACGGGGAGGACAGGUGUUUCCCGAGGAAGGAAAUCAAUUUCCGUGGAUCCCUGGACUGCAAAGGAGAAGUGAUUCCACUCUCGAUCUAUUGGACGCACGAUAGGACGCGCGUUCGGCGGAGUGCGGAUAGGGACAACUUAUUCAGCAGCACCAUGUGUUUGACUAGCGUUCCCGAAGGAAAAGAUCCGGGCUAUCUCGUCGAUACCAUAAACGUUCGCCAUCCUAAUCCGUCGGUGAAAUAUUCUCUGGAAGCUGCCCUGGACGCUCGCAGCAAUGCCCUCUUCCGUAUUGAUUCGGGCUCCGGAGUAGUGAUGACGACUCAAGUUUUAGACAGGGAACAGAUGCCCACGCACUAUUUACGAGUUUUAGCCGUAGACAACCUCGAACUGCCACCGGUAACCGGAACGACGACGCUCCAGGUGAGCGUGCUCGACGAGAACGACCAUGCUCCACACUUUGAGCAGGGUUAUUACGAGGCCUCCAUUCGAGAGUCGAGUCCCGUCGGUUCAACGAUUCUCACCGCAAGGGCGACGGACUCCGAUGCCGGACAGAACGCCGUCAUCUCAUACUCUCUCCAGGAUGCGACCGACAUAUUCGCUAUCGAUGCGACAUCUGGAGUCAUAUACACGAAAGCUAGUUUGGAUCGCGAGAAGAUCCCCGAAUAUUCGAUAAUCAUCCGAGCUGAAGACGGAGCUCCGGUCCAGAAACGUCUGACGUCCACUGCGCAACUGCAUCUCGUGAUCCAGGACGACAACGAUAAUUAUCCCCAGUUCAGUGAGAGGACCUACAGCGUCGAGGUCCCGGAAAACAUCAGCUGGAUCGAUAAGCCUGAAAUCACCAGAAUCGAGGCUACCGAUGCCGACGAGAACGAAAAUGCUGCUUUGCGAUAUAGCAUUAUCGGGGGUAACACCCAAGGCCAUUUCUCGAUAGAUCCUCUAACUGGGAGCAUCCGCGCUGUAUCGCCGCUGGACUACGAAACCCUGACAAACUAUCGAUUGGUGGCCCGCGUCCAGGACGGCGGUUCUCCAUCGAGGUCCAACACAACGAAUGUCCUUGUAAAUGUUCUUGACAUUAACGACAACGAUCCAAGAUUCUAUGCUACCGAGUUUCACGAGAGCGUGUCCGAAAACGUCGAGAAAGGCCACAGCGUGAUCCAAGUACAAGCGUUCGACACGGAUGCCGCCGAGAACGCCAAAAUCACGUACUCGUUGCUGACGGUCGACGGCUCCGAUUCCGAUACGCUGCCGGUGUACAUCGAACCCGACACUGGAUAUAUCCGAAUACGAACAUUGCUCGACCACGAAAAUAGAACAGAUUACAAAUUCUUCGUGAUCGCCCGUGAUAACGGAAAGCCUCAGAGAAGCGCGACGGCUACCGUCGUCCUUCAGGUCCAAGAUGUGAACGACAACGACCCGACAUUCGAGCAGAAGUCUUAUUAUGCUACGCUCUCCGAAAAAGAUCCCCCCGGUACUCCGGUUAUCACAGUCCAUGCUUCAGAUCCCGACAAAGAUAGCAGGAUACAAUACAGUAUUCCUAGUGGAAACCAUCGUGAUCGUUUUGGAAUAAUCUCCCAGAAUGGUAAUGGAAUCGUUUCCAUCGCUCAGCCACUGGAUUUCAAAUUAGAGAAUAGAUUCGCCUUGACAAUCCAAGCUUCGGACUACGGUGGACGCACGGAUACCGCCACACUUUAUAUCAACGUCACCGAUGCCAACAAUCACCGACCAACUUUUGUGAAAACCCCGUAUACAGCAUCGGUAUUCGAAGAUAUACCGGUCGGAACCACGGUACUCGUGAUUGAGGCGAUUGACAACGACGUCGGCGAUAACGCCCGCGUAACCUACACGCUCGAAGACGCGGUGAACGCUUUCAAAAUCGAGCCCACGACGGGCGCGAUAGUGACAUCCUUGCCUCUGGAUCGCGAAAGCGUUUCCGGAUAUACCCUGGUGAUCACAGCUCAGGACGAUGGCAGACCGCCGCUUUCAGACAGCACGAGCGUAGAAAUCGAAGUCAUCGACGUAAACGAUAACGCGCCAAAAUUCGCUAUGGCCUCGUACACCAGUGACGUGUCGGAGGACGCUCUUCUCGGAACCUCGAUCGUCCAGGUUUCAGCCUUGGACGAGGAUCAGGGUUUGAAUGCGCAAGUUCGCUACACUUUCACCGGUGGCGACGACGGCCAGGGAGCUUUCAGCAUCGAUCCGACAUCCGGUCUCGUCCGAACGGCCAAACAGCUCGAUCGCGAGGCGGUUGCGACCUAUCAUCUGAAAGCUGUCGCGGUCGACCGAGGAAGUCCUCAAAUGUCGACAACGGUUCCCAUAACGGUUUUCGUCGAGGACAUCAACGAUUCGCCCCCAAGAUUCGAUUCGGAUAGGAUACAGAUAUUCGUCCCGGAGAACGUUCCGUUGGGGUCCGUCAUCGGCACGAUCGAAGCCAAGGACCCGGACGAAGGUCCAAACGCUGUCGUCACGUACACUAUUGUGGGAGGACCAGACGCCGAGAGUUUCUCGCUGAUAACGAAAGCGUCCGGUCCGGUCGACAUAGUCAGCCGGCUCGAGUUCGAUUACGAAAGCUCCAAGAAAAGAUAUAUAUUCUCGGUGAGGGCUUCGAGUCCCCCCUUGAGGACCGACGCCCAGGUCGAGAUCUGGGUCACAGAUAUCAACGACAACGCACCGGUCCUCAAGAAUUUCUUGGUUGUGUUCAACAACUUCAAAAAUUUCUUCCCAAUCGGAACAAUCGGAAAAAUACCCGCCACCGAUCCCGAUGUCAACGACAACCUUCAAUAUAAAUUCACGACCGGCAACAGGGCGAAUCUCCUCAUCUUGAACGAAACGUCAGGAGAACUGAAACUUUCGCCGAAUCUGAACACGGAUGUGCCGAUCGAUGCCGAGUUCCAAGUGUCCGUUUUCGACGGAAUCAAUGAGGUGUCGGCAACCUGCAAACUCCAUGUCAGAUGGAUCUCGGAAGACAUGCUGAACAAUUCGAUCACUGUCCGUCUGCAAGACAUGACGAUGCAGAAAUUCCUGUCGCCUUCGUUCGAUUCGUUCCUCUCGGCUCUGAGUGCGAUCGUCCCGUGUCCCAAGGAAAACAUAUAUCUGUUCAAUAUCCAGCAAGAUACGCCCGAUGUGCUGAACGUUUCGUUUUCCGCGGUGAAAGAUCGAGCUCAUGACGACCUCUACAGCCAGCAAUACAUCCAAGAAAGAAUGUAUCUCGGGAGGAGUACCCUGCAGCGCUUGAGCGAUAUCAUGGUGCUCCCCUUCGACGAUUAUCCUUGCUCGAUCGAGCCGUGCUUGAACUUCGAGAAAUGUCAGGCGGUGCACCGUUUCAAGGCAACCGGAGACUUCAUCGCUUCUGACAGGAUCCUAUUCCGCCCGAUACGGCCUUCCAACACCUUUCAAUGCGUUUGUCCUGUCGGCUUCACGGGGAUGAAACACAGAUUCGACUGCGAUACCGAUGUCAACUUCUGUUACUCUAGCCCAUGCCGUAAUGGAGGUUUCUGCGUUCAAACGGAAGGCGGCUACUUCUGCGAGUGCGUCAACAACUUCCACGGGAAAAAUUGCGAGGUCGCUGGGAAAACGAACACUUCGGCCGGAGGCGCGCAACGCUGUACAGCGAGUGAUGCGACGCUCGACGACAUGUGUAGACUCAGAGGCCGGAGUUUACCCCAGAGAGGCACCUACGUGACCUUCCCAGCUCUGCAGAAACGUCACAGGUUCUCGUUGAAGAUCUCGUUCGCCACCCCCAACCAGAACGGGCUCCUUCUAUACAACGGCAGAUACGACGAUAAGAACGAUUUCAUCGCGAUCGAGCUCGUCGAUGGCCAACUCGUCUUCAGCUUCUCCACCGGUGGCGACCGCGCGACUGCCGUCACCGCAGUCAAGCCCGGUCUCAACGAUGGUAAUUGGCACACGGUAUCGGUCUCCUAUCAUGAAAGAAGUGUUUCGUUAGCCGUCGACGGCUGUGAUCCUGUCGUUGCCGAAAGACUCGGUAACGAUGAAAACUAUCAGUGUGCGACUCGCGGUCAGCUAAAGCUCGAGCGUAGAUGUGAGGACUUCAUGGAAAGCUGCUACCGAUUCCUCGAUCUCACGGGUCCGCUGCAGCUCGGAGGCCUUCCCCAGAUUCGAUCGAGCUUCCCGGUGCAGAACCGAGACUUUGUCGGCUGCAUCCGAGACUUCUACAUCGAUCAUGAGCUCGUGGAUCUCAAUCAUUUUGUCGCCAACAAUCUCACUAUCGCCGGCUGUCCCUCGCGAAGAGGCUUCUGCCACAUCGAUCCUUGCCAGAACGGGGGAACUUGCGUGGAAUCGUGGAGUGGUUACAAAUGUCGUUGCACAGACGGUUAUGGUGGCCCGGAGUGCCAGGACCGUGUUGAGCCAUACAGGUUCCACGGGGAUGGUCAUCUCAUGUUCAAGUUCUCUCUCAGACCGAUCGAUAUACCUUGGGUGGUCAAGGUAUCGAUGAGAAGCAAGCAGAGGAACGGGCUCCUGAUGCUGGUUCAACUUGGCGGGAGCGCCAGUAGAUUCCUGCUCCAGGUGAUCAACGGAACGGCCAUGGCGUCCGUCGAUGACGUUCACGUUUCAGUGCCGCAUUCGUCUGUGGCCGACGGAGAAUGGCACCGGAUACAAGCUACCUGGAACGCGAACAUAUUCAGCUUGUCUGUCGACGGCAACCACUACAAGCAGGAAAAACACAUCCACCAGAGUCCGGCGGCGCACUAUAUCGGGGACGUUUGGGUGGGCGGACACGAGAGCGGUGAAUACCCCUCGUUCAAGGGCUGCAUGGAGAACAUCCGUGUGGGAAACCAGAAAGAUCAAGCUUACAGAGAGCCAUCCUCGGAGAGGAACGUGUUCAGAGGCUGCGUGAUCGAGGACGCUUGCGCGUCGAAUCCAUGCCCCGAUACCUCGAGUUGCAGCAACGUUUUCGAAGGCUUCAAAUGUAUCUGCAAACCCGGCUACGUAGGGAGUCAGUGCCUUCCGAUCUGCUCUCUGAAUCCGUGCGAGCACAACACGACCUCGAGCUGCGUGACCGCGUCGAAGCUCGAGCGCGGCUAUCAGUGUCUGUGCGAUGCGAACCAUUACGGCGAAAGAUGCGAAAUGACAAUGAUCGAUCACUGCCCAAUCAAUUGGUGGGGCACCCCUCCGUUCUGUGGGCCUUGCACCUGCGACGUGCACAAAGGCUACAGCUCGAACUGCAACAAGACAACUGGAGAAUGUUUCUGCGAAGAGAAUUACUACUACACCCCCGAGCAGAGUACCUGCCUCCCAUGUAACUGUUACGCUGCCGGAUCACACGGUCAGCAAUGCGAUUCGAUCACCGGGCAAUGUAAUUGUCGGGAGGGAGUGAUCGGCAAGCAUUGCGACAGCUGUUCGAAUGAGUUCGCCGAGGUCACACUGAGGGGAUGCCUGGUCAUUUACGACGGCUGUCCUCGCGCGAUGCACUCGCGUGUCUGGUGGCCGAGAACUUCGCUCGGUAUCGAAGCCUCGAGCGUUUGUCCUGCCCAGUCUCAGGGUAAAUGCUCGCGGUUCUGUGACGCGAACGAGGGCUGGCAUCAGCCGGAUCUUUUCCACUGCAUCUCGGAUCCACUCGUCCCACUCAGCGAGGAACUGAACAUCAUCGAAAAAUCGAAUAUCCAACUGAGGUCGCACAAUUCCCGUCGCUUGGCUCGGGAAAUGGACGAUGCUGUGCGCAGAAGUCUCGAGAACAACGGGGGCAUACUGUACGGCACGGACGUUCGGACCAUAUCGCAAGUCCUCACACUCAUAACGGAAUUCGAAGUGCAGCAGAGCGGCUUCAACUUGAGCCACACGCAAGACCGACAUUUCAUGAAAUACCUCUUCAACAGUCUCGCCACCGUGGUCAAGGCGAGAUUCUCGCCCGAAUGGCAACGAGUUCCUGUGAACCUUCGCCUCGAGAGACUUCUGCUCCGUUUCGAGAGCUACGCCAGAACAAUCCUGGGCAACAUGGAGGAUACGUUCACGUCGCCCUUCAUGCUCAAUUUUAACGAUACGGUUUUCACUGUCGAUCAAGCAUCGUACCGCGACCUGCGUCUGAACAAUACCACGUCGCGUCACAUCCAGAAGAUUACGACUGGGCAGAAAACGCUGGAUCUUCUUCAAUUGCCUAAAUUCAACAAUAUUCCCCUGCAAAAUCUCGGGCCGUGGUUCCCGAACGUCGGCAUUCCGUUGGGGACCCUGUCACUGGACACCUAUGGGAACGACAGUAAGGUCCUGUUCUCUGUGCUUGCCUUCAAGGACGCGAGCGUCCUCUAUCCUCUCAUGUACGACUCAACCAUCAACCACGCUCUGGGCGUUUCGGUCAGCAGUGCCAUCGUCUCGGUGGUCUUAGCGAAAUCGGAUUCGAAAUUCUCGAUCAUCGAUCAGUUCAGUGGAGAGAACAGGGUCCACAUCAAGUUCCCCAGUCUCACUGGAAGAUAUCCGAGGAACCCUCAGUGCGUGUACUGGUACGUCUCACCAUCGAGCGGCUAUGGGAAAUGGUCCGCCCGCGGAUGUCGAGUGGAAGCCGUCGGGGCGAAUUUCGUGAACUGCUCUUGCGAUCACCUCUCGCUCUUCGCGGUGCUCACGGAAGACUCGUUCGCCUUGGCUCGGACCCAGAUCUCCUACAGCCAAGAGCUGGGCUCCAGUGUUUCUCUCAUGUUCUCGAUCGCUCUAUUGACAACUACCGUUGUACUUCUGAUUGCCCUGACCAUAGCUAGUGGAGGCUAUUCUACGAAUUCUCAUGCAAUCCACAUAAACAUAAUUCUGUGCCUUCUCAUAGUAUACUUGAUAUCACUCGUCGGUAUAAGAUCUCAUUCGCCACCUUCUCAAUAUUUCUGUAAAUUGACGGCGAUCUGCUUACAUUAUUCAUGGUUAUGCGUGUUUUCGUGGCUUCUGAUCGACCUUCUUCACAUAUACCGAAUGCUCACCGAAAUGAAAGAUAUCAACCACGGUUCAAUGAAGUUCUACAUCAGCAUGGCAUACGGAGGACCGGCUCUAAUCGUAGCGCUCACCCUUGGAAUCAAGGCGGAGUUGUACGCCGGACACAACCUGUGCUGGGUCUCGGUUUCGGAAUCACUAAUCUGGUCGCAAGUUGCUCCGAUCGUCACCCUGAUUGGAGCAGCUCUACUUCUGACCUCGGCCUCUGUCAUGGCAUCGAUCCGCGUCCAGGGAGUUGAUCUGAUAUCAGAUUUCGGAAACAUACGUUUCCUGUUGUGGCUUUCGAUGUGCCAACUACCCGUCAUCGUCGUCUUCUGGAUAAGCUCCAUGUUGGCGGCUGGAGGAGUAGCCAACGGUUGGAUUGUGUUCAGCGUCUGCACACCAGUGACGGCGAUUGUCGUCUUCCUCUGUCAGUGUAUCCUCAAUGCGAGAGUACGCCAAAACCUCUGGGAAAUGCUCCGCGGCAGACGUAAAUGCUUGCUCGCCUACUACGGCGGCUCGGGCGGGGGUGCCGCGCUCUCAUCUUCGCGCUCCGCCCUCUCCUAUGGCCGAAAUUUGGAUUUGAGCGUCCACGGAACGUUACAGCGACGACAUGUCAUAAUGGGGGCUUAUUCAACUACGUCGAGAUCGACCACUCACAGGUCUUCCUCGUUCGCUUCUUCCGCUACUGUGCCUGCCCACCAUCAUCAUCACCACCAUCAUCAUCAUAAGAAUAAGAAGAGCAAAUCCCGUAGUAAGGUUUUGGAGACACCGAGCGAAGACAGUGGUUCCCGCGUCUCGAAGUACUCCCAGGAAGAUCUCCAAUCGAUCGACCAGGAGAGUAUGGACCUCGCUUCGAGUCAUUCUUCCGAUAAGGACACCAUGACCUAUAUGGAAGAAGAGGAAGAUGAGGUCAAUUCUGACGAAUAUUCAGAAUGCGAGGGCGAGGAAGAGAAGACAGAUCACCAAUCGGGUUCCCAAUCCAACGACGGCAGCCCGGAAAAUUAUAGGGCACCGGAGGCUGCGACGAAUGAAUACGGAGGUUACGGCGAUGUGUCAGGCAGUCUUUCGAGAAUGGCUACCCUCCCCCUGACGAACACGAUGCUCCUUAGUGAUAAUACGAGCCCGAACGCUGGAACCGUGAGCGACAAUGCCGAUGUUAGCUAUAUCGAUGAGAGUUCGCCACCGAACUACGGGUGA